GUCAUAAUUUUCGUUAAAUAAUGCAAGUAGAAAAAUUACCAUGGAUAAUUUCGUUUAGUAUCAUUGCAUGCAGGAGAAUAUUCAUUUGAUUUGCACCAAAACAUGACUGAUUCUGUCAGGAAAAUGGAAAGCUAGCCGAAAAUUCUAUGGCAUGUCCUGUCGCACGACUGCUUUUUUGUGCGUUUUCAAAGACUUGAUAUAUCAAUGAUUACUCUUGGUUCUAACUAAACAGUUGAACAGAGUACCUGUGAAUGUGUAAAUGGGAUGGACAAAUGUCACCAUAAAGCCAGCAUUCUUCUCUAUGGGUACAAAAAUGUCAGCAAAACUGAUGUACGCCAGAGUUGGAUUAAGCAUCCAGAGUGCGCCACCUCGUCAAACUAAGACGAUGGAAGAACUUUUUCCUGCACCUGACAGGUUUAUAAAUUACAGGGCAACAAAUAGGCCAGUCAAUGAUAGGGACAGGGAGUUCCUAUAUCAGAAAUUGACAACUGUAGGGAGAUUUUCAGCAAUGCAUUGGAUACUAUCCCCCGAGCCGCCUGUGCCCACACUUGCAGUGCCUCUAGUUGAAGACCUCAUCUCUAGCCAGGAAUUUAUUUCUGCAGAGAAUCCAAUCGCUUGGAUGAAGCAAAAAUUAAUGAUAAAUGAGCAAGAAAUCCAACAGAUUGCCUGUCUUACCACUGGUCAAAAGGAAAAUUGCAUGUGGUCAUCUGUUAGGAAGAAUAGAUUAACAUCUUCAAACUUUGGUUGUGUUUUGGCAGCGAGCAAGAGAAAUAGAUAUCCUGUCUCCUUAUACAAAAGAUUAUGCUCAGCUUAUGAUCUGUCAAAGAAGGAUGCCAUUAUUUGGGGGACGUGCAAUGAAAAAGUCGCAAUUGAAAAGUAUAGAACUUUUGGGGAUGCAGUUGUAGAGCCAACAGAUAUCUGGCUACACUGUAAUGGGGUUCUUGGGUCAAGCCCCAAUGGACUCAUUCGUCGUCCUGCUGCAUUCGGAUUCAGCUAUCAGAAUCCAGGACUUGCUGACAUAUUAGAGAUGUCAAAUGUUAAGCCAGAAAUACUGGAGGUGAAAUGCCCCUUUUCAGCAAAGAAUAUGACAAUUCCAGAAGCUAUUGAAAAAGUACACGAUUUCUGCCUAGAGGUUCAGGAUUUUAAUGGAGUCAAGUCCUUCAAGCUAUGAGAGAACCACCAAUACUAUGAUCAAGUGCAAGGACAGCUUCAUAUAAUUGGGAAAUCCUUGUGUGAUUUUAUGGUCUGGACACCAAAAGACUGUGCGAUUGUGAGAAUUAACAAAGACAUCAAUUGGGAGAUCAACAUAUCUGUUUUGACAGACUUUUAUUUCUGUAAAUUUCUCCCGUAUUUACAACAGCUAUAAGAUAUAACAUUAAACAUGGUGAAAACAUUUUAA